UCAUUAAAGGAACAGUAACACAAAAAAAUAACUUUCAACAUAUCCAUUCUAAAUAUGUUAUUAAGAUAUGUAGCGUUUAAAAAAAUGCAAUAUUCUACAGGGUUUUAAAAUAAAUCACAUUACCAGUGCUUUACUGUGCAGAGCUUGAAAGGCGAUACGGCGACUUCCGGUUUAAUCCGGAAGUUAAAUGCCGCAUUCUUCAGAGUCUGUUGUGAGUGAUUUAUGGGCUGUUAGCAGUUGGGGCAUGGAGAGGGAGAGAAGAGGGAUCAGAGACUGUACCGUUCCUUCUGUCCAGCUAAGUCUGCAUCGCUGUUUGAAGUAGCGCUGUGUGUGCCUGCAUUAGGAGAGGGGGGGGUGGAGGGGGAAGUUGAACGGAAGCAUGGUGCGAGACUUGGGAGUAAACGGCUGCCUGUUCUCUAUAAAUCAAUGCUAAAGCCAACAGAUACAAUGGUAAUGAAAAAUGACAGACGUGUUGUGGAAGGAUGCUUCUGCUCCAAAGGCAGCAUGCCAUUUAGCAUGAAAAUUGAUACCUGCGUAAGCGAAUGUGGAUGUGUUGGGCCAGACAACAUUCCCCGCAAGUAUGGAGAAUCCUUUGAGUUUAACUGUGAGACCUGCAUGUGUUUGGAGGGUGGUAAUGGAAUAACCUGCCAAAAACAACAGUGCCAUCAUGCAAGAAAUGAAGAGUGUACUCGAGAAGGCUUCUACAAAGUGACUCAAGUCAGUGCUACAAACAAGUGUUGUGAAGAAACUGUAUGCAGAUGUGACCCAAGUCGGUGCUCAAAUACCUUCCCGAAAUGUGGACCUGGAUUUGAACUUAAAGGUGGCAUCAAUGAAGGACAUUGUUGUCCUACUUAUGUUUGUGAACCAAAACCUGUUUGUGUUAGAGGAAAUGCUGAAUACUUGCCUGGAUCUCAUGUCUAUUCAGAGAACUGUGAGAAUUGUCUUUGUGCACAAAAUGGAAACAACUUUACAAUAGCCUGCAACCCAGUUGUCUGCAACAUACACUGCCCAGCUGGUUUUAAGGUAAAGAAAAAUUCCCCAUCUGACUGCUGUGGUACCUGUCAGCAAACCAACUGUGUUGUGAAGUAUGAUGGCUCCUACAGGCUUAUGAAUAAUGGAGAUGUUCUGCCCUCUAUGAACGAUAACUGCACAAUGUACAAAUGCUCAUUUAUCAAUGACCAGUUUGUCACCACUGUCACUCAAAUGUCUUGCCCUCCAUUAAAUGAAGAAGACUGUGAGCCUGGAAGCAUUCAACUCUUACCUAAUGGAUGCUGUAAAACAUGUAUCCAAAAGAAGGACUCCUGCAGGGUACAGGCAUUUGAUGAUUACUUGUCCUACCAAGGGUGCAGAUCUGUGAGCAGGAUCAAAAUGUCUCGCUGUGAAGGAGCCUGCGGAAAAGUUUCAAGGUACUCUGCUGUAGAACAUACUAUGUCCCAUACAUGUUCUUGCUGCCAUGAGGUUCAGACUACAAGAAGUAAAGUCAAGCUGCAGUGCCCCGAUGGAACAUUAAUUGAUCAUGAGUACAUUGAUGUGCUGGAGUGCAAGUGUGCUGGCACCAAAUGUCCAGAUAGAAACGUCUAGUCCUAACAUUUAAAUCUUUAAGGAGGUAUUUUAAUUAAAUAGAGAAAAAUACAAUUAUUUAAUAUUUUAAUCACUUUACUGUCAAUUAAAUGUAUUGUUAAUUUGUAUGAUUUAUACCUUUACCUCCUCAAAUAAAGUACUUUCU